ACACCAGUCAGCUGAUUGCUAAGCAGCUGGUUUGUGCGGUGGGUUUCUAACAAGACUAAAGGAAACAGCUCAGUGCUGCUGACACUAAGCUGUGGACUCCGUCAAGGCAACAGCAGAGGGAGAUCUGGGCAGCAGAAAUCUCUAAGACGGCAAAAUGGAUUUUUCAGAUGAUUAUGAAUAUCCUGUAGACUAUAACUACACUGAAAGCGAUUACAAUGACAGCAGUUACAUCCCACAUGAGGCGCCAGUUUUUCAUCACAAAUCAUCGUGCUUAAAGGAAGUCUUGUGUGUGUCUUUGCUCGUGGUCACUGUGGUGAUUUGUGUGCUGGGCUUCUGCGGAAACGCUUUGGUCAUUUGGAUUUCUGGCUUCAAGAUGAAGAAGUCGGUUAACACCACCUGGUACCUGAGCCUCGCCAUCUCUGACUUCGUCUUCUGCGCCUUUCUCCCGUUCAGCAUCACCAACAUGGUGAUGGAGGAGUGGAUCUUUGGACGUUUCAUGUGCAAAUUUGCCUCCUCUGUCAUGUUCCUAAACAUGUUCAGCAGCAUCUUCCUCCUUGUUGUCAUCAGCAUCGACCGCUGCGUGUCAGUCAUGUUUCCAGUUUGGGCCCAGAACCAUCGCACUGUUAAGAAAGCGUCCGUAGUUGUAGUCAUAUCCUGGCUUCUCGCCAUCGGACUGAGCGUUCCCUCUGUCAUCUUCCGGGAGGUUGGCAGUCACCUUGGUAGGACCAUUUGCUACAACAAUUACACAAUAAGUCAACACAGUCACAAGAUUAUUGCAGUGAGCCGCUUCCUUGCAGGGUUUACUGCCCCUUUCAUCAUCAUCAUCAUCUGCUACUCCAUCAUCGUCCUCAAACUUCGAACCAGCAGGAUGACCAAAAACUCCAAACCCUUCAAAAUCAUGUCUGCGCUCGUCGCUGCUUUCUUCAUCUGCUGGCUGCCCUACCACGUGUUUGUUCUUCUCGAGCUCCACCACCAAAACUACGACCACAGCAUUUUAAUGGCGGGACUCAAAGUGGGCACCUCUAUGGCAGCGGCGAACAGCUUCCUCAACCCGGUGCUGUAUGUGUUCAUGGGCAAUGACUUCAAGCAGAAAUUCAAGAGCUCGGUGCUCUCAAAGAUGGAGAACGCGAUGGCAGAGGAAGGCCGCACCACCAGCCGAUACCUCUCCAGGUCCAGCUCCAUGGACGGCAGAGCUUCUACACACAUCUAGAGACAAUAAUCCAAAACUGUUUCACUCAGGACACUCGUGACAACAAAAUACUGUUUUCAUAUAUGCAAUUAACCCUUUAAAACACAGUAGCACAUUAGCUUGAUUUAUUCAAAAAUAUGGGAGGUAGGAGAUGAGCAACCUAACAAGAAAUUAUAAUUAUAACUUCCUGGAUAUUUUUCCUGAUUCUAUUGUUUUUUUUAUCUAUCUACUAUCUACAUUUUU